AUGCCUCUGAAUCGCUCACCAAUGCACCGACCAUUGGAUGGUCGGGCUCACCAACCCUUGCUUAAAGAUGAGAACCCAGGACGGAUGUCAAAUGCCAGCCUGGAUCAUGGCGAUGUAGAAGGCCGGCCUAUGCUGCACCAUUCCCGGCGCCCGACAAUGAGGAGUCGAAGUCCGGAGGAUCUUGCGAAGCAAGCAACUCGACGAAAAUAUGUCCUAGCAUCAGGGUUUUUGCUGUUGAGUUUAGCAAGUUUCGUGGUUCAGACCGAGACCGCUGUAUACAUUCAGCAUGAUUUGGGUUGGGACAAACCAUAUUGCAUGCUGUAUCUUACUCACGGUUCCUGGUUCCUUCUCUGGCCGAUUCAGCUCCUUCUCCUUCGGAUACAGAAACGGAAACUCUCCUGGGAGACUUUCUGGCGUCGUCAUGUUUAUCUGCUUCACACUACUGGUCAGAUGGUAGAAUCCCGAGAUCUACAUAUAACAUCCCGCGAUUCCCACCGUUCGCCGAUACCCUACCUACUCAAGACAACCGCAUUCGUGACAACUGCACUCACUGUGGCUGCUGGGUCUUGGUAUGUCGCCGUCAACAUGACAACUCCUAGUGAUUUGACAGCCAUUUACAACUGCUCCGCAUUUUUUGCCUACGCAUUUUCCAUUCCUCUUCUCAAAGAUAAAUUGCGGUUUGAUAAGGUGUUUUCUGUGGCUGUGGCCAUUGUAGGAGUUUUGGUCGUCGCAUAUGGAGAUCGAGAUGACGGCAAAGCUACGGACGGUGCGGAGGGAAAAGCAAAGCACGAAGCGCAGAACAGGCUGCUGGGGAAUAUCAUCAUCGGCGUCGGCAGUAUAUUAUACGGCUUGUAUGAGGUAUUGUAUAAGAGGUUUGCCUGUCCUCCAGAGGGGACCAGUGCUGGUCGUAGUAUGAUCUUUGCAAACACAUUUGGCAGCCUGAUUGGGACUUUCACUCUGCUUGUUUUGUGGAUUCCACUGCCCGUUCUUCAUUAUCUCGGUUGGGAGACAUUUCGCUGGCCUACAGGAGAAGCUGCCUGGUUGCUAGCCGUGUCGGUCCUCGCGAGUGCUGUAUUCUGCGGAUCCUUCCUGAUCCUUAUCUCCCUGACUUCGCCUGUCCUAUCCUCCGUGGCUGCGCUGCUUACUAUUUUCCUUGUUGCAUUCAUCGACUGGUUCCGAACAGGUCAGCCGCUAUCAGCCGCAUCCAUUAUCGGUGGCAUCCUGAUCAUCCUGGCAUUCUUCCUCCUGAGCUGGAGCACAUACCGGGAAAUGAACGAAGAACGAAAGAAGAACAUCGACGAAGACGAUGUCGAGUCCGAAAGUGACGAAUAG